AUGCAAGCCUCGGAUGUAUCCAGCAUCCCGAAUAAUUCGCGUCUAAUUGCUCCCCGGUCUAAAUACACGCUGCACGACACUGGCUUUUCCCACGGAGCUUACCACAACAACCAUCCCAAUUCUAUCCAAGGCUUCUCGGAUCGGAACGCUCGUCGCCCCAAUAUACCCGCUAUAAACACCGCCGCCGGCCAACACUCCGACAUGGCCCCCGGAUUCGACAUGAACUAUACCCCCCUGCUCCCCUCCCAGCUGCUGGUGGGCAGUCCCUUCCAACCUGGAACUCCCUCCGCUUUUGCUUCGCCUCAAUUUGCCAAUUUCGGUGGCUUCCCCCAGGCCAAUGGCAAUGGACACGCUCAAAACAACCAGAAUCAUAUGCACAGCCCAACUCAAGGGCUGCAGAAUCACCAGGGGCUAUAUGGAAUGAUGUCGCCCGAUGGCAUGGGUGGCUCUCAGAUGAUGGGAGGACCUCAGUCACCAAUCAACGGUCUGGGAGGUAUGGGCAGUGCGGCUCUGGGCAGCCCUCAAGCCUCAGUUGCCCCUGGUAUGCUAUCUGGGACGAGUCGCACUGUGUACCUUGGAAAUAUUCCGGCUGAGACAUCUGCCGAAGAGAUCCUCAACCACGUGCGCAGCGGUCAGAUAGAGUCGGUGCGCCUGCUCCCGGAUAAGAACUGCGCGUUCAUUUCCUUUUUGGAUAGCAGCUCUGCCACUCAUUUCCACUCAGAUGCCAUCUUGAAGAAAUUGGCCAUCAAGGGAAAUGAUAUCAAGGUCGGCUGGGGCAAGCCUUCCCAGGUCCCCACCUCAGUCGCCCUUGCGGUCCAACAGUCUGGUGCGUCGCGCAAUGUAUACCUCGGAAAUUUGCCCGAGGAAACGGUGGAGGAGGAGCUGCGGGAAGAAUUGGGCAAGUUUGGGCCCAUCGAUACCGUCAAGAUUGUCAAGGAGAAGGCGAUUGGUUUCGUCCAUUUCCUGUCGAUCAGUAAUGCCAUGAAGGCCGUCACCCAGCUCCCCCAGGAGCAGCAAUGGCAAGCGCCUAAGCGAGUGUUCUACGGCAAGGACCGGUGUGCAUAUGUGUCGAAGACCCAGCAGCAGAAUGCUGCACAGUUCCUUGGAAUCGCUCCAGGAUAUGCGCAUGUGCUGAACACGGCGGAUCGUGAUCUGAUCUCCAAUGCGCUUGCGCAGCAGUCCGUUGCUGCGGCCGCCGUGGCAACGACGGCGGGCGGUGUCAACAACCUCGGCAACCGCACCAUCUAUCUUGGAAACAUUCACCCUGAAACGACUAUCGAAGAGAUCUGCAAUGUCGUCCGUGGAGGCUUGCUGCACCAUGUCCGAUACAUUCCCGAUAAGCACAUUUGCUUCGUGACCUUCAUCGACCCUACUUCCGCCGCCUCCUUCUACGCCUUGAGCAACCUGCAGGGCUUGAUGAUCCACAACAGACGCCUGAAGAUUGGAUGGGGUAAGCACUCCGGCCCUCUUCCGCCCGCUAUUGCGCUGGCGGUCAGUGGUGGCGCAUCUCGCAAUGUCUACGUGGGGAACUUGGACGAGGCCUGGACCGAGGAACGCCUUCGCCAGGACUUCUCCGAGUAUGGUGAGAUCGAGCUGGUCAACACACUGCGUGAGAAGAGCUGUGCCUUUGUGAACUUCACGAACAUCGCCAACGCCAUCAAAGCGAUCGAGGGAAUGCGCAACCGGGAAGACUACCGCCGAUUCAAGAUCAACUUUGGCAAGGACCGCUGCGGAAACCCUCCGCGCCAGGCCGGAAACAACCAGCAGAACCGCAAUGGAUCCGGCUUGGAAGGCCCUCAGUCGCCAUCGCCUGCUCUGAACGGCUUCCAGCAGAACCUCAGCCAGUCCGGCUCUCAGUCCAGCCCGACUCGCCCUGCCCUUUCCCCCGCACCGGGCUCCACCGGCUCCCAGAAUGGUCAGCACCGUCACCCACUGCAGAACGUGUCCUCUCCCUCCGGUGUUCUGAACGUCGGCUCGAACAAUCCCUUGACCAUGUACCUGAACCAGAUGUCCGCUCAGCAGGCACAGGACCAGGAAAACCACAACCACAACCAAAACCACCUCCACGACCCUAUGUCCCUUGCUGGCUUCCAGACACAGUCCGAGGCAUCGCAGCAGCAGUCUCUGUACAACGGCACCAGCAACGGCGAUCUUUCCACUGGAAGCAUGGAGUCGAUGCACCAGCACAAGCCCUCGAACAACAGCUACUUGAGUGUGGCUAAUGGCUCAGGGCACGGUCACCACGCAAGUACCAGCAGUCUCAGCGUGCCGCGUGCUUCUCACUCGCGGGCUGUCAGCUUGCCGUCGUUCUCCCAGGAGCCCUUUGGACCAGUUUCUAGCCAGCCUAGCCACAGCCGCGCAGGUGCAGCCCACCACCCCCAAAGCAGCUUCUCCAGCUUCUCCGCCCUCGGUGGACUGAACCACUCUGGAUUUGGCCUGGCCAUUCAGAACGAGAACUCGCUCCCUGGGUGGGCUGAGGAGGAGAUUGGCGCUAAAUAA